CUAAGCUGUGGUGACUGGUGGAUCGGCUCAGCGUGAUCAGGCAAAUAGACUAAGGGACUUUUGCUACCAGUUACUACAUUUACUGCACUGUAUUUGUGGAGGGUCAUUUAGCAGUAGUCUCUCAGGUCUCCCAUGGACUUGCUGCAGGACUCCAGUCAAACCAUGUGGGGUCUGAAUGCCCGUUUGAAGGGCUUCCUGGAGCAGGUGAACAGGCUGCAGGAGGCCAACCAGCAGCUGGAGACUCAGAUAGCCGACUGGGGGACCAGGACUGCAUCACGCUCCCAGGACUGGUCCCAAAAGGAACAUGCAUUGAGGGAGCUCCGUGGCCAGGUUGGUAAACUUCUGAUGGAGAAUGCCCAGCUGGCUUUACAGUCUGACACCAUGAAGUCCAGAGCUUCUGCCAUUCAGUCAAGGUGUGAGACAGAGGAGCGGAACACCCGACGUCUUGAGCAACAGGUGGUUCUGCUCAGGGAGACAAAGAGGAAGGCAGACCAGAGCAGCAUGAUGCUGCAAGCGGACGUUCACCGCUCCAUGGCGGAGCUGCAGGAGACGCACCGGGAGUUUGAGGCAGCCCAGGCUCUGCAGCUGCAGCGGGCCGGCUCCUGCGAUGCCCUGUUAGCAUCAUCUACGGCAAAAGGAGAGGAGGAGGAGGAUGGCACAGGGAUGGAGCUCACCCGGCUCCUCGACAGAAUCAGAGCGCAGUGCGACCAUAACAGAUUUCCCGGCCCAGAAGAGAGCCUCGGGGCCGUGGCAAAUCCACCUCCAGGCUUGGUCGGGCCCAGCCACUCUGGUGCUGGAGCAGCAGCAGCAGCCAGAACACACAGAGGAGCUCUCAGUGAGGAGGAAGCAGCGUGGGCUCAGGUGAGCCUCGGCGGCUCCGCCUUGAGGGAGGCACGGGCCGAACUCGCAGAGGCCAGGAAGCAGUGGCACUCCCUGCAGGUGGAGAUCGAGACCCUGCAUGCUUUGGAGAAAGGCCUGGAGAGCUCCUUGCAUAACACCCAGCAGAUGUACUCCAGCCAGCUGCAGGACCUUUCCCAGGUUAUUGUUGGGCUGGAGAGUGAGCUGGAGCAGGUGAGGGGUGGGCUGGCCACCCAGCGUCAGCGCCACAGCCAGCUCCUCAACACCAAGAUGAGGCUGGAGCGAGAAAUUGCCACUUACCGUCGUCUCCUGGAGCGUGAAGAGGGCAGGUACAUGGGUCGGGACGGGCCGUCGAUGGGUCUGCGACCCUGGAGGUCCCCUGUGGUGGAACCAAAGGAGAAUGGGCUGGAGAACAGUUUCAGUGACCCGGCUGUUACUCCGGAUGAACCCAAAUCUGAGCCCCUACCUGAAAUACCGCCACUCCUCCCUGCAGAGAAUGGGCUAAAGAGAAGCAUACUGCGCAGACAGCAAAGCCUUGUGAUACUCACAGAACCAGAGCAUAAUAACGAUUUGCCGAUCUCCACUGUGAAGACUCAGGAGAUCCUUCAGGGCAAUGUUGUGCGGGAGAGUGCCGAGGGUCAUGGCACCAUCGAGACUGAGAAGAUUGACAAGGUGAUAAAGCAGUGGGAGGGCUCCUUCUUCAGAGGGAAUCCCAAGCUGCGGAAGAAGUCCGUGUCGCUGCGCUUCGACCUGCACAUGGCUGCAGCAGACGAGGGGUGUGCCCAGACUAAACAGGACAGCCUCCCUGACGUGGAGGUGCGUCUCAUCAUGAAGAGAUCUCGCAGCAUCCCUGCAAUCACACAGUGAUCACACCGGUUUGCAGAUGUUUGUGGUGAUACAGGUGAUGCUGAAGUUGCAGAAAUAGCAUCUGUGUCAACGACAUCUGGGGUAAUGACAUUACCAUCAUGCUUAAUAUGUAUUUCUCAUUAUAUAUACUCACUUAACAUCAGAACUGAUGACUGAAACUGAUUUCUCUCAUCAAACCUUUCAUCCAUCUGGCUCUUGUGCUGAUCUAAUGGGGCAAUUUUUUACAGUUUCAGAAAGCGACGACAACUUUAUCACAUAUUUUCAUUACAUUACAAUUUAAUAUGCAAAACUUUCUCUGUCAUCUUUCUCAGUGAAGAAAACACUCCUCUCCAUCCUGUCAUUGUUUCAACUACUGCAUUUAAUUCUAAUAUAUAAAUAGAGGCAGAGAUCACCAAGGCUGGAUUUUUCUAUAAGUUUUCAGUCAG